CGGGGUUAAGGUCAAAACAUUCCUACACACCGCUAACCGCCAUGUUAUUUUGAAUAUCCAGAAGUAGGAAGUAUUUUCGUAAAAUUGAAAAUCAUGAAGCUUGCGUUGGUGUGUGCAGUUCUACUAUAUUUCACUUCACUUGCAUCUGCCCAGAACAUUCAGAUACAAGCCCAACCACAAACGAUCAACUUUAGGGAAAAUGAUAUGGUCAUUGUGUGCUCCAUCACUAACCCUUCACAACUCAAUGCAGUGUACUCCAUACAGUUACAGAGGAACUCUAGUACAACAUUUGAAACUCUAGUGUCAGUAGCUAAUGGACUGACACCACCUUUACAAUGGAAGGACUCUGCAUUACGGAACCGGGCCACUGCCACUGGGAGCGUAGACUCUCCAAGCACUGCACAGCUGAGAUUAACAAUAGACAAAAACAGCGUGCAGUGUCCUACUGACUUCAAGAUGUACAUGUGUAAAAUAUCUGCCUUUAGUAAUGUUGCGUCAGAGACAGUCACACAGGAGACAAGUCCAGUCCCUAUAUCUUACAUAAUCAAGCCAGCUGUGAUUGAGAUGCCACGGGUGAGGAUCCUGAAUUCAUUCUCUGAUACUCCAAAUCGACAGUUUCCUGUUGGAACUGCAAUUCAGUUAACCUGUCAAGGAGAGGUUGGAAGUGACGCAAGCAGUACAAUUAGAUGGUGUGCCCAAAGGGCCAAUGAAAUGAUGUUCACAGGAUUGCCCCAAACCCCGAUCCACUCUGAGGCCUCUCAAUCAGGGUGUAUGUUCACACGGUCCAGUACCAUCACUUACAACCUGACCAAUGAUGACACAUUUACAAGGUUCUUGUGUGAGUCUGGAGAUACUGGAAUGUGUGGCACAGGGACCGCCAUACAACAUGUCAACAUCACCAUCGAAGGAUCUGGAAACACCAACCCUCGUACAGCAGAUGAUACCUCAGACGCUGGUAUCAUUGCCGGAGGUGUAAUCGGAGGACUGGCGGCUCUCAUACUGAUUAUCCUCCUUGUCUACUUCCUCGUCUUGCGGAGAAAAUCUGAUGGAGAAUCUUCCACUCCUCCACCCAUAGAUGACAGAACGAAGGAAGAUGUGCCAGGGUACAAUGGACCAGCUAACCCGGAGGGACCAGUUUACAGUGUUCCCGUCAAAGACAACCCACCACAUGAAAGACAGGAAUUGCUUGAGGAGAGAGAAGAGGACGACCACAGAGUGAAUGGAACCACCCAGGAGCCACGAAGAGAGCUGCAUUACGCUGACCUUGACAUAGCGACCCAGCCCCCGGGGACCAAGGUCAAACCCAAGCCCCGCCCUCGACAUGAACCAAGCAGCACAGAGUACGCAAGUGUAACGUUCGGCGGCAGUGCUGUGUAAAAGUCCCGUUUAGUUCAACUCGCGCGACCAAAGUCUUUGAAAAUAUUUAUUGUUACAAACUUUUUCUGUAAGUUUACUUUGCAUAAGGGAAAAAUCUGAACGAUUGGCUCAGGAUUCUAUGCAGAAUAUUAAUGUUGAAAUGCAGUAGCCAGCAUAUAUCUGUCCACUACAAUAUAGACUGAUCGUCAUAACAUUAGAUUUAUUUGCAUGUUGUCUUGUUAAUGCAUGGUGCAGCAUUUGUACUCCGUAGACCUAUACUGCCUUUUCAUACUUUUCUGUAUCUUAUAUAAGAUAUACAUGUUGGGUCUUGGACCAAAACAAAAAUUGGUGACAAGAUUUAUAUUUUUAUUUUCUGUGAUGUAGAAGUUUUUUAUCUUUUUCAUUUGAAAAGAUAAUCCCUGGUUGUGUUAGAAAUUCCAAAAUCAGGAUCUAUUUUUCUAUGCCAACAUUAUUGUCAAAGUUUUUCAUGUCAUGAAUUUAAAUAUACAAUGCAUGUAUCAAGGUAUAAUUUACAGUAAUCAAUAUUUCUAAAAAAAAAAAUUGGCACAAAUAUUUUUACCUAUUCUACAUGUAGUACUAUGCAGACCCUUAUUGUUAAAUUAAUCAGGAUUAUUAAGUUGUUACAACUUCCAGACCAUAGUGACUUUAUUUAUAUUUUAUAUGUUACAACAAGCAUCAGAGGUAUACCGUACAUAUUUUUGUUUUUUACUUUGUCAGCUGUAUGUACAUGAAUAUUAUUAUAAGCAGGUGUGAUCUUGUGAUACUUGCCAUGUGGUUAACAGUUUUAUGAACUUAAAAAUAACAAAUAAUUAAAUUAGUUAACACUGCAAUCCCACCUUUUGUGAGUUCAUAAAAAUUAAAUUUUUUAAAUUUUUAAAAAAGAAUUGAACAAAAUAUUUAUCUUUGUUUAUACAUAUCACACUUUUGAUAACAUUUUUUAAACUAUUUUUUGCUGUUAAAUAUACUGAAAAUCAAAAAUUUAAAUAGAUGUUCUGAUAUUUUUUAGAGAAGAUCCAGAGCUACAUUUUAAAUAAACUGAACAAGAAUAUUAUUUUAAAAGAUUCAGUGCUUGUUCAUAUACCAGUAAACGUUUACACAUACCUGUAGUUUCUUUUCUUGGAGAUGAAUAUUUAUUGAUAAUAUACAGGAGAAAGAACAAAAUAUGGUUUAUACACAUCACCCUCUAUAGAUUAAAUCCUAUACACCCUGCAGAACAAUUAUAGCUCGCCAUGAAACCUAUGAUUAAAUUCCACCCUGCAGAACAGCUAAGGCUCGCCAUGAAAACUUCAACUAAGCUCAAACACUUGUUAUGAUUCUCACGUGGCCUGACAUUUCUGUAAAGUUUAUUAAAAAUUUUAUUUUCUACACAGCAAAGUAAAUUGUAUUUUUGAUACAAAUUAUAUAUUUUACUUAUAUUGGAGGUGAAAUACGCCUAGCAAAGGUUUUGUAGAUAAAUAUAUUUUUGUGUCCAGUUUAGAGUUUCUGUCCCGAGUUUGGCAUUCCUUUAUGCUCUUGUUUAUCAAUUAUUCCUAUGAAAUGAUUUUGUCCAUUUGUUAUUCAGUAUGAAUUUAGAAUUUCUUUUUUUACAACCCACAAGGUUUUUAGUUAUCUUAUUACAUGAAGUUUUAACAUACUUUUCGAUUUUAUUGUAUGAAUGACCUUCACCAACUUUGAUAUCCCAUGUCCAUAUAAGUACAACCAGGGUUGUCUCUAAAAAUUGAAGUAGAAGGAAGAAAUAAAAAAGAAGAAGGGGGUCUUGGGGUCUAGCUUAUAGCUAGAUUGUGUUUGGAAUGCAAAAGUAGCGGGGUAAAUAAAUCACUUUAGGCGGGGGAAUUCCCCGCCCCCCGGGUCUUAGAGACAACCCUGACAACGAUUAACAUACUGUAGAAGCACAUAUUUUCGUAAGAUCAAAAUUUCGUUGUUUUCAAAUGAAAUAAGAUUUUGUUGGCAUUUAAUUUUGUCAUAUCAUAAUCUCUUUGUAACCAUGAAUAAUUGGGUGAUAAAUUCGUCAUGGAUUUAAUUUUGUUGAUUUAUACUGCCAACGAAAAUAAAUCAUAAUUCAUAAACGAAUAUUUCUGCUUCAACAGUACUUGUUUGACCCUUGAAUAUGUAGAAUAUAUAUAGUUAUUUAUCAUCGCAUUCAUGAUCUACUUUGUAUUUCAUCUUCUGUCAAAUUCAUGUCCAACGAAAUGACAAAAUGCAUUCAGUGUGUAAGUCUUGUGUACUAGAGAGCAUUAGAUCAAAACGAGUUUGAUUUUGAUUCUAGUAUUGGUGCUAUGAUCUCGGAACGUUUGUCUUAUUGUUCUCACUGAUCAAGCAGUGUGCAUGAUUUGUGUGUUUCCCACAUAUUGUAUAUUUAUGUAAAAUGUUGACUUCAUGGUUCUGUUAUUAUUGGAAAAGAGAAUGUAUUUUUCCACCAGAGAAAAUAUUAAAUUAAAAAACAAA